AUGCUGCGAGCCGUUCUUUCCCUCCUGGUAGCCCUCGUGGCCACCCUGCGAUCUACUAAGCUCGAAAAAUCUCUCUUCAGUUACGUCAGCGAAUUAUCCUUUUCCGGAUCGUUUGACAAUCUCUUCGAGACGUGUCUUAGGGUUCCGAAUAGCAUAUGCCUAGGGGGGACGUCCACAGUCGUCACGUCCAACAGUGUUCCCAAGGGGCUCAUCGCCAAGUGGACCUUUGACGACAUGUACGCCGUUGACUACAGCGGGAAUAAUAACCACAUGCACAAGUUGGUGCGCGCGGCCCCUGGUUUUAAUGGACGAGGAUACAGCGGGGCCUUCGUGGGAGAUAACUCCGGUUUGGUGCACGCCGGCGCCACGUUGAAAACGACGCAGUUCACCAUAGUAUUCUGGAUAUACCUGCUGGAGAGGCCAACGAAUAACUUCCGCAAUGUCCUUUCGCAGAUACACAAGGGGGAAGAAACCAUCGCCGUGCUCCUCUACCCUCACGUGAACAAACUAUCCGUGAGAAUACUUACGGAGCAGAAGUCGAACGAAGGGAUGUCCUCCAUGGGACAGAUACCACUCAGGAGGUGGACAAACAUAGCCAUCAGAAUGGACGACAUGAAGGUGGAACUCUACAUCAACGGGGUAUUGGACAACUCGGUGCUGAUCAGACGAGAAGUUGCAGAUAAGGAAGAAGCUUACGUUAAGGCUGACGUGGACGCUAAGGCUGAUGCUGGAGAUGAAGAAAGGGGAGGGGACAUAACCAUUGGAAAAAAUAUGCACUACUCUAGCUUUAAUGGCUACCUGGACGAAGUGUAUUUCUUUAAAAGGAGCCUGAACAAGUCAGAAAUAAUUUCUUUCUCUCUUCCCAGCGUGACGGGAAUACACGACACAGAGUUUGUCUAUGUUGGAAACUACGAGUGCGACUAUGCCACAUCGAUGCGUGCUGACCUGUGCAAAGAGAACUACCACCUGUGUUCUUCCUUCCAGUUGUACAGUGGAGGGAUUCAUUACGCUAGGGUUAAUGGGAUUUUGACUGCCACAUCGAACUUGUGGUCGUCGGACGUAUCCGAAAAUGCCGUUGAGUCGGGGGAGAAGAGAAUUGCACUCUGCUGCAGGGGGGGCGCGGCCGACUCUCCAGCCGGCUUGGUAACAGGAAGCAGUGCCUAG